AUGGCAUCCACAGAGACUCGUGUUGAGGACAUCGAAAUCCGCAUCACGAGCAUCGAACAUGCAAGGUCCACCGAUUCGAGGGGCUCAGGCGCAGGGUCCCAGACGGAGGAAGAAGUCUGGGAACACACCAAGUCAUUGGAGGACGAGCUCGCGAACUUCAAACUUGCAGCGUCCAUGCCGACAGCGACCCCAUCAACUGGAAACACCGACGACGCCUUUAAAUUGGUCGGUGACGCUCUUUGGAGCAAGGGGGCACCUUAUCCUGUUGACCACUACGUCAAGGGCGAGUUCAACGGCAUCCUCUUCUUGAAGUUUACUUCUAAAGUCGACCGGGACAUCGCAGUAAAGACCCUCAAGGAGGCAAGCAUCCAGCACGGCUCCCACAAUGCUUGGGCCAAACCGGAUCUUCCUUUGGAUGCACGUGCGAACCAGUCGUUUCUUUUCAGCGCCAAGCGCAUGAUGACUGAGUGGGGAUACGACCGCAAGUCGGAUGAGCUUCUAGAGUGUCAGUGGAAUUUCCGCAGCUGCCUCGGACGACUCCGCCGUCUGGAUUACGUCAUGGUCAGCAGUUGCGCAUCUUUCCACAGUGCAAAGCCGACGAACAUGCUCGACCUCGGUUCAGAUCACAGGGCGGCGCAGGCGCGCCUUCAAGCUCCGGCGUUGGCUGGGCAGAGGAGUCGACGGAAGCGCCGGCAGACGCGUAAAGACGUUGAUUGGGAGAUGUAUGCCGCCGAGGUGCCCCAGAAGAUCGCUGCUCAGGAGUUCCCCCCGGCAUCUCUGGGCGACGUGGAGCGCGUCGCUCUUCUUGCAGCUGGAGAGUCGCAGCGGCCCCGGUUGCCCGCCCAGCAGAGCAGCGGGGGCAGCCAUUUGGGCCGUCUGCGAAGAAGGAGGAGACGCAUGACCAACCCGUCCGAGAGACGAGAUAUCUCAAAGGAGAUCUGGAGGUUGAGCCAGAAAGAGUCUCGUGCACGACAGACAGCCAGAACAACUGAGGUGCUCGCUAGCUUCAGUGAUCUUCGUCGCCUGGACGCGCUGCGCAGAUUCCCUAUCGCAAGAUCUUCGCAACAGGGACCGGAUUUUCGCAAAUGUGCCGACCUGUUGUCGGAGAUAUACACGUCCAGCGCGCCGCCCGACGCGGGUGAGCAUGGCGAGGGCCAGGUGCCAGCCGUUACUGUCGAAGAAGUGGUGAAGACAGUCAAAGCGAUGAGACGACGCAAAGCUGCUGACACGAAGGGCGCGUUGUCGGAGAUGUCCUUCUUUGGCGGAGACGAUAUGUUGCACUACUUGUCUGACAUGUUCAAUGCGAUUUUGCAGAGCGGCUGCGUUCCGGCUGACUGGCGAGAGACCUUCUUCAAACUUUUGCACGAGGGCGGGGGCGCCGCAGACCCGCACAAUUGGAGGCCGAUCGCGAUUCUCAGCGUCUCUUACAAGAUCCUUGCUCGAGUGGUCUUCCACAGGAUACGCGGCGUUCUAGAUUCGCAACAGUCUGAAGAGCAGUUUGGUUUUCAACGAGACCGGUCGACUGCUGACACUCUGAUUGUUGCCGAAAGCCUCGCGAGCAAGAGCCUCGAGUUCAACGAAGACCUGUGGCUGGUCAGCGUAGAUCUGCGCAAAGCAUUUGACAGGGGCCGGGCAACCUCCGACAACGCGGACAGGCUGCUAGCGACCAUCGCGUUUGCUGUGCAUGGUUGA